GGCGAGUUAGUGGUGCUGCUGCAGGCAGGGCCAAGCGAGGGAGGAGAGCAAACACCAGCAUGCAGAAGCAAGGGAAGAGGCUGGAAACCCCCCAAAGGGACCGAAGCAACUGAGAUUUAGACAAAACCUCCAGCUGUCACUCCAAGAUAUGUCGGUUGCACAGAGUCCAGACUGCCGUGGGACGACAGGAGAGAGGAGCUACAGUCAAAUGAAUCAAGUGCCAUUCACCCCUGAAUUUACCAAGAUGCUGACAAAAAACAGUCCGCGCUUUGGUAGCUUGAGUCACCACUCAUUCUUCUCCAGGCACAACCCUCAUCCACACAGAGUGAGGCAUAUUCAAGGACUUAAUGGUAGGCCUGUUUGCAUGGUGAGAGAUGAUUGGUUUGUCACCUCAUCAUUAUUUCCUCAUCCACUUCUCAAGAGCCACGUCCACAGAAAAGCCACUGAUUCAUCUUUUGCUUUUCCGCUGGCUCAGAAUCAUUAUGGAGUCAGCGGUAACAAACACAAAUCAGCUCUGUUUUCUGAAGCCUGGAGAGAUGAACUUAAAGAACUGGCUGCCAAAGUCAGUUUGUCUUCUCAAGCACAAAAGGACAAAAAAGAGGACCAAACUGAGGAAGAAUUUGUCCGUCGAAAGACCCAAUAUUCAGCUGUAACUGGGAGAAUCAUCCCUCCAUCCACCAAGUCUUACCAGCGCAGAUCCCAUUCCCAGUGCCUGGGGUAUCCUCAACUCUUCCAUGAUCAAGAACUCAUGGUAUUGGAGCUACUUUGUCAGAUCCUGCAGACAGAUUCCCUGUCCACAGUCCAGCAGUGGCUUCUGCUUGCAGGACAAAGAGAGAAAGACCUGGUGAUGGGGAUGAUCAAACAUGCUCUGGAUGGUGUGGACCUCUCAGGCCAUCAUCAGCAGAACUUCCAGCAGCUUCAGGCUUUUCAUCCUGGUGCAUCUCCACCGGCUUACGGUCCACCAUUCAACCAGCUGUGGAGAAAACCACAGAGAACGAGCUCACACAGAGUGACCCAAACUUUCAGCAAUGAUAAACCAGAGAGGAUUGGAGAAGCAGAGGUCCUUGAAAUCCAUGCAGGAGAACAGAAGCAUCUUCAAGAUCAUCCAAUUCAGCACACAGAGAGUGUGUAGAGUUCCCUGAUUUUGAUCACGGUGACAACUGUAUUAUGGUUACCUUAUUAUGCGCAUGAACUCGCUCCUAUGUUUAUUGGUCCCAUGAUAUAUUAUAUUGCAGGUUCUCUAUUGGAUAUUUGUUUUGUAGAUGUUUACUAGUAGCACAAGCCAAUUUAAUGAGAGGAGUUCGCAACUGAAAUUCCAUUUGCACUUUGUUAACAAUGUACUGUAGGUAUGAUAGUGUUACAUGACACUGUGGAUUAUUAUGUUGCAUAACAUGUCAGCAGUCUGAUGGAUCAUGUUUUGAAACUGUGAAAAGCAGUGUGACCAUAUUCAAUAAGCAUAACCUCCUGUUUUUCAGGCAAAUAAAACAUUUUCAAAGAUAUCUUCAUGUAUGAUAUGUUAAAAUCGUUUCAAAACUAUUCAGUCUGAUUACUGAUGUAUGAAAAAGACAAUCUGACUUUUUUGGGUACCUGAAUAAAAUUUAAA